AUGGGGAUAAUAUCCGUGACAUAUCAGGGACGUUCUAGCAUAAGACUAAUCUUUCUUUCCUUCCCCAUUCAUUUUCGUUCUUUUUUCUUCCUAUCCGCAUUUUUUUUCUUUCUCCUUCUACUUACUUCCUUUUUUUUCCUCUCUUCCUAUGAAACUUCUAACCUCCCAUCAACUAAGCAGCCGAUCCCGUUCUACACUUUACCAUCCACAUCUUUCUAUCUCUUCAAGUCUCUUUUUUUUCUACCAAUACACUUAUAUCUAUUCUCUCUUAUUUUCAAACCUUUCUGUAACAUUAUUUAUUCUUCUACCAAAUACUGUAUUCCUCAACAACUCUUUUUUUUUGGUUCCUGUCAUCUUUACUCCACCAUGAAACUCGUUGAUUUUUCCUCAUCCCCACUACCACCAAUUCUUCUUCUUCUUCUUCUUCUUCUUCUUCUUCUUCUUCUUCUUCUUCUUCUUCUUCUUCUUCUUCUUCUUCUUCAUUUAACCUAUUCCUUAUUAUUAUUAUUAAAGAUAUAUUCUUCUUCUCCCAAUUUUCUCAUUCUUCAAUAUCUCUUCUUGUUCAAUAAUAAUACUUUUUCCAGAUAUUCCUUCUUAUCCUUCUUCAUGGUAUUUUUCUUCAUUCUUUUUCUUCUUCUCCUCCUCCUCUUCCUCCCCAUCUUCUUUUUCAAGAUAAUUCUUCUUCUUCUCCUUCUUCAAGAUAUUUUCUUUUUCAUUUUCUUCAAGAUAUGUCUUCUUCUUCUUCUUCUUCUUCUUCUUCUUCUUCUUCUCCUCCUCCUUCUCCCCAUCUUCUUCUUCAAGAUAAUUCUUCUACUCCUCCUUCUCCAAGGUAUUUUCUUUUUCAUUUUCUUCAAGAUAUUUCUUCUUCUUCUUCUUCAAUAUGUAUAUAUUUCUUAUUAUUAUUCAAGAUAUUUUUAUUCUUCAAUAUUUCUCUUUCUUUGGUUCUUCUUCUUCAAUAAUUCUUAUUUUUCUUCUUCAUCUUCUUCAAAAUAUUUAUUCUUCUUUAAGAUAUAUAUUUCUUCUUCUUCAAUAAUUCUCUUUAUUUUUCAAGAUAUUUUUUCUUCUUCACAAUAUUUAUUUUUCCUCUUUUUCUUCUUCAAGAUAUUUCGUCAUAAUGUCCUCCUUUUCCUCAUCUUUCUUUCUUCUAGAUCUUCCUUUUCUAAGUCUUCUUCAGUUCAAUAUAUUUUCUCCUUCUUUUUCAUAGACAUCUUCUUCUUCUUCUUCUUCUUACUCCUCCUCCUCUUCUUUUUCUAG